CUGCCUCCACUCAAAGUACCGGGUGGAAGCGUCUCUCUCUCCAUCUCUGUAGCCGGGCUCAGUGCGUCUGCUGUCCGCUAGAGGGCGGCACUGAGGGGCCCGGCGAUGAAAUAGUCCCAGGCAGGCUGGAGAGCCGCUGAGCCGGGGAGAGCAGACAGACACAGCGGAGAGCUGGUGGAGGGAAGAAGGUUGCCUCAUGCCGCCGGGCUUUACCGGGAAUUAAUCACCUGACGUCCAGCGGACUCUGUCGGUUCCGGAAGGAGGAUAUUACAACACAACAAAAUGCAUCUUUUGGGGAUUUGGACGCUGAUGGCGGCUCUGCAGGUUGUUGUUCUGGCUGAGAAGGCCGAGCCACUGUCGUCAAGCGAGCUGGGCUCGUUGCCAUGCACGCGGGGCUUCACUCAGGAGGAAUACAUCAUCCACACGGAGCAGGAGCUGGCCAAGGGACAGGCCGUCUUCAACGUGAGCUUCGUGGACUGCGGGACAGGGAAGGUGUGGUUUCAGGUUGGAGAUUCGUCUGAUUUCAGGGUGAGUGAGGACGGCGUGGUCUACGCCCUGCGCCGCCUCAGCCUGGCAGGGAAGGGAAACGCUGUGGAGGUGGUCUACGCUCGAGACCUGCAGUCCAAACAGGUCUGGAAGACCAGAGUGCACCUCCGCGUCCAUCCACAUGGCAACAGCACGGGACCUGAACAGGUAAAGCCCAGUGAUGCAACACUGACUCAGCGGGUACAAGAGAUCUUGUUUCCAUGGCGCAGCGUGGUUGUCAGGGGCGAUGGCAGUCUGAGGCGGGUGAAGAGGGACUGGGUCAUUCCGCCUAUCAACGUCCCCGAGAACUCGCGAGGACAGUUCCCUGAGGACCUAGUCCGAAUCCGCUCCGACCGGGAUAAGAACCGGAUGCUGCGGUACAGCGUGACGGGCCCCGGGGCCGACCAGCCUCCCACCGGCAUCUUCAUCAUCAACCCCAUCUCGGGCCAGCUGUCCGUCACCAAGCCUCUGGACAGAGAGCACAUCUCCAACUUCCAUUUGCGAGCCCACGCGGUGGACCUGAAUGGUAAUCAGGUGGAGAACCCCAUCGACAUCGUUAUUAACGUCAUCGACCAGAACGACAACAGACCAGAGUUCACACACACCGUCUUCAACGGCUCUGUACCUGAGGGAUCCAAGCCUGGAUCCUUUGUGAUGACGGUGACAGCAGUGGACAAAGAUGAUCCAAAAACUGCUAACGGGAUGCUGCGAUACAAGAUCGCCUCCCAGAAUCCCCAGAGUCCCUCCUCCAACAUGUUCACCAUAAACAACAAGACUGGUGACAUCAUCACUGUGGCAGCAGGCCUUGAUCGAGAGAAAGUCACCCAGUACACCCUGAUCAUCAUGGCCACGGACAUGGAGGGGAACCCCACCUACGGCCUGUCCAACACCGCCACCACCGUCAUCAGGGUCACUGAUGUCAACGACAACCCCCCAGAAUUCACCACGGACACAUUCUUCGGUGAGGUUCAUGAGAACAGGGUGAAUGUGAUCGUCGCUAACCUGACUGUGACUGACAAGGACCAGCCUCACACUUCAGCCUGGAGCGCUGUGUACCGCAUCAUCGCUGGAGACCCCACUGGACGCUUCUCCAUCCCCACGGACCCCACCACCAACGAGGGCCUGCUCACUGUGGUCAAGCCCGUAGACUUUGAGCUGAGCCGCUCCUUUAUGCUGACGGUGGAGGCGGAGAACGAGGUCCCGCUGGCCCGUGGCAUCCACCUGCCUCGCCAGUCCACAGCCACCGUCUCCGUACGCAUCCUGGACAUCAACGAGAGUCCGGAGUUCAGCCCCAAUCCCAAGUCCAUCAAACUGGAAGAGGGUCUGCCUGCAGGCUCUCUGCUCACCACCUUCACUGCCCAGGACCCCGACCGCUUCAUGAGACAAACUGUCCGGUACUCCAAGAUGUACGACCCUGCUAACUGGCUGGAGAUUGACCCGGUUAACGGUCGGAUUUCCACCAUCGCCGUCCUUGACCGAGAGUCUCCCUACGUCAAGAACAACCUCUACAACGUUACAUUCAUGGCUUCUGAUAACGGCAUCCCGCCUGCCAGCGGGACAGGCACCCUUCAGAUGUACCUGCUGGACAUAAAUGACAACGCGCCUCACGUGUUCCCCCCUGAGGUGGAGAUGUGUGAGAGGCCAGAUCCAAACGGCAUCAACAUCACAGCCAGUGACCCCGACCUGACGCCUAACGCGGGACCCUUCGCCUUCGAGCUGGCCAAUCGUCCUUCGGACGUACGCCGCAACUGGACGCUCACUCGCCUCAAUGGCGAGCACACCCAGCUCCGACUGAGGAUCGGCUCCCUGGCCAGUGGGAUCUACGAGGUACCCAUCAUGAUCACAGACUCUGGCAACCUGCCCAUGUCCAACACGUCCUAUCUGAGAGUCAAGGUCUGCCAGUGUGAUCACCAUGGAGACUGCGUGGACAUGGAGCGAAUCAUCGCCGCUGGACUGGGCACCGGAGCCAUCAUUGGCAUCCUCAUCUGUAUCAUCAUACUGUUAGUGCUGGUGCUGCUGUUUGUGAUGUGGAUGAAGAGGAGGGACAAAGAGCGGCAGGCCAAGCAGCUCCUCAUCGACCCAGAGGACGACGUCCGAGACAACAUCCUGAAAUAUGAUGAGGAGGGAGGGGGAGAGGAGGACCAGGACUACGAUCUGAGUCAGCUGCAGCAGCCUGAUGCCCUGGAGCCAGAGUGUGUCAAAGUGGGGAUCAGACGUCUGGAUGAGAGGCCCCUCCAUCAUGAGCACCAGUACCCUCUCCGCUCCGCUGCCCCCCACCCAGGAGACAUAGGAGACUUCAUCCACGAGGGCCUGAAGGCAGCAGACAACGACCCCACCGCCCCCCUCGACUCCCUGCUGGUGUUUGACUAUGAGGGCAGCGGUUCCACCGCCGGCUCCCUCAGCUCCCUGCACUCCUCCUCCAGCUGCGGAGACCAAGACUAUGACUACCUCGGCGACUGGGGGCCGCGCUUCCGCAAGCUGGCCGACCUGUACGGCGGCGGUGACGACUAGCACUCUCCACCUCGACCUACACCACCACCACCCCCCAC